AUGAAUAAUUUAGAAAGUAGUGUAUUGAUUUUCUUUUCUAAAUUAGGUUGUUAUGCACCUACUAUUACAUUGAUUCCAAGUCAAUCAAGUUUAGCGUCUCCAUUACAAUUUCGACGAAGCCAAGAUUUUUCUAUUAGUUCGAUCAUUGGAUUCAAUUGUAAUGGUUCACUUGCACGAGAAACUCAAUGGACAGUUAAGAAUUGCACUUCUUCUUCGUGUUUAUCUCAAUUUCAAUUAAAUGAAAAAGUGAUAACAACAUUAAGUGAAUUUUAUGCACCAGCAAAAACCUUUGCUUAUGGUAUCUAUGAAUUAACAUUAACUGUGACAAUGACUAAAUCACCUAGUUUAAAAUCGUCAUCGUCAGCUUAUGUGCGAAUAACUCCAACAGGUAUAACACCAAAUCUUGUAGAAUUAGGAACAUCAAUGGUAACUCGUGGACAUCAACAAAAUCUUUUACUUGAUCCAGGAACAUUUUCUGUUGAUCCCGAUGAAGAUUCAUUUAAUGCUAGUAAAUGGAAAUAUGAAUAUUAUUGUCGAAUUUAUGGUGAGUCAUACAAUUUUCCCAAUUUACAAGGUAUAUUAUUGUCAAUUGAUGAUCCAAGAGUUGAUCCAUUAGAUCCAUCGUGUUUAUCAAGUCGAUCAAGUAAAGUUUAUGAUUUUCAUUUUGAUCAAUUUAAUAAUAAUUUUAAUUUCUUAAAAAAAGAUAAUGGAACACAGUUCAUAUUUGGAAAUUUAACUUCAUCACCAAAAUCAUCUUUAACAAUCCUUGGUGGUUCACUUCAAUCAAAUCGAACAUAUCAGUUUAUGGUGUAUAUGGAAAAUCGUCAAAAUUCUUCUCUUCAAGCAACUGGUUAUGUACUUGUGACAGUUACAGACACUCAACCAGAAUUGAUUGCUGUUGGUUGUGUUAUAGGCGUAAUGUGUGUACCAAAUCAAGAAUUUCAAGUUCUUAAUCCAACAACACAAGUUGCUUUAUUUACUGUUUGUGUUGAUAUUUGUCCAAUUAUUCUGAAUAUAUCAUGGAAUAUUUAUCAAGGAGAACAAAAUUCAUCUUCUAAUAGUACACAAUGGGUUUUAUUCAAUGAUAUUAUUUUAUAUGAAAAUAUUUGGUUUUUUGGUAAAACUACAAGUAAUUUUACUGCAACAAAUCAAUUAUUUCUUGAUAAUCCUACGAUAAAUUUUUGGCGAUUUGAAGUUGUUUAUACUUUUAUUACUGAAACAAGUUCAAGUGCAUUAAAUUUUGUUAUGAAUCAAUCUCCGACAAAUGGUUCUUGUUCAAUUAAUCCUCAAAGUGGUUCAACAAGUACUUUAUUUACAAUUUCAUGUCCAUAUUGGUUUGAUGAAGAUGGCAUUCAAGAUUAUUCACUAUUUGUUUGGUCAAAAGAUUCAUCAGAAAAAAUCUUCAUUGCUUUUUCACCAGUACCAGAUUUUCAAGUUCGAUUACCAUCCGGAGAUAAUCAAACAUCAUUACUUAAUAUUAUGAUUUAUGUUCGAGAUCUUCUUGAUUGUGUCACACAAGUUAAUAUGUCUUCUAUAAGUGUUAUACAAAAUUCAACAGAAAUUUAUAAUUUAAUUGUUAAUUUACAAAGUUUUGAAAAUGGAAUAACUAAUAAUGAAAUUGUUCAAUUACUUUCUAGCGGAAAUCAAAAUAUUGUUGGACAAGUUAUUACUUCACUUUCACAACAAUUAAAUCAAAUGAACAGUCAAAGUGUAGAUAAAGCUAUUUCAAAUGGAAUUUCUGUUACAAGUAUUUCAAUAUCAUCAUUAACAAGUGCAAAAUUACAACAAAUUACAGUACCAUUUAAUGUAUCAGCUCUAGUUGAAUGUGAAAAAGAUUUAAAUAAUCAAGCAAAUGUUCGAGAUUAUAUAAUAACAUUUAUAACUGAUCUUGCAAUUACAACAUCAAAUAGUAUUAUAUUACAAGCAACAUCAUUAGUUCAAUUAACUCAAUCUACAAAUCAAUUAACACGUGCAGCUCUAAUGUUAAUAUCAGAUCGAUGUUAUCAAUUAACUGUUGCUUUACAAUCGAUGUCAACACGAAUUUCUUAUGAAAAUGCUCAAAUGGCAUCAACUCAACUUAUACAAUGUGCUUCAAAUAUUUUAACAGCUGUUAAUGGACCAUUACAAGAAAGAACAAUUGUACUUGAUUUAGAUUCAUUACGUGCAAAUACAUUACCAACUGAUUAUGAUACUGAUCUGGAAUCCGAUUGGUCAAAUCCAAAUUUAUUUGCUGAUGGAAAUGAUUUUUCGAGUGCAACAAUUGAUAAAAAUCGAAAUAUUUAUUAUCAGAAACAAUUAGCAAAUGAAAUAACAAAUACAACAAAUAAAAUAAUUUCAUUAUUAACAUCUUCAUUAAAUAUUCAAUUAAAUAUUGGUCAAAAUUCAACAAUAAAUACAUCUCAAACAUUUAUGUCAUUAGCAACAAUAUCAAUUAAUUCUCUUUCAAAUAAACAAAUUCAACAAAUAGAUAAUGCACAAUUUAAUAUUCCAUCUAAUAUUAAUAUUAAUAUAACUAAUAAUUCAGCAAUAUCAAUUCGAUCCAUAAUGAAUACACUUGCUUCAUCUGAUAAAUCUCAAUCCAAUACAAAUCUUUCAAGAUUAAUUUCACUUUCAAUUCUUGAUCAAUAUGGAAAUCAACUUUCUUUCGAAACAAAUUCAAAUGAAACAAUUCAAUUAAUUAUACCACGUGAUCAAAAUCUUCUUAUUCCUAAUAUGAUUUUACAAAAUGUUACUUCAACUAAUACAACUCUUCAAAAUCAAUUAUUUUAUCUAAGUUAUAUUGAUAUUACAAAUCAACUUUCGAUUUCAGUCCAUUUUGAAAUUUCUCCAUUAAAUAUAAAUCUUGCUUAUUUAUUUAUUUAUAAAUUUGAUCAAACACCAUUAUUAAAUAGUUCAAUUAAUUUCAUUGAUGGAUGGACAUUAUUUUGUCCUUCAAAUUUAACAAAUGAAACUAUUUAUAAAUAUUUUAUUAAUAAUCAACAAACAUCUGGACAUCAAUCAUUAAUAUUUGGUUUAAGAGAAUUAAAUUCAACAGAAAUUAUUGAUUAUUGUUCAAAUAAUAAUAAUACUAAUAAUGAUCUUCCGAUUACAGAUGAAAAAUUUAAUUUUACAUCAAAUUAUCAACUUCGUAUAUAUACAUCUGGUUGUUAUUAUCUUGAUCAAAAUAAUCAAUAUAAAUCAGAUGGAUUAAUUGUUGGACCAUUAACAAAUCAUUAUGAAACAGAAUGUUUAUCAACUCAUUUAACAUCAUUUGCUGGCGGUUUUAUUGUUUUACCAGAACCAAUUAAUUGGAGUUAUGUUUUUGCCAAUGCUGGUUUUAUGAAAAAUAAAACAAUUUAUUUAACAAUUAUUUGUAUGUCUAUUGCUUAUAUUAUUUUGAUGAUUUUUGGACGUUAUAAAGAUAGAAAAGAUAUUGAAAAAUUAGGAGUAACACCAUUACCUGAUAAUGAUAAAUCUGAUCAGUAUUAUUAUCAAAUUAUUGUUUUUACUGGUCAACGAGCAAAUUCUGGAACACAAUCAAAAGUUCAUUUUAUUCUCUCGAGUGAUAAUGAUGAAACAAGUGUUCGAACAUUUUCAGAUCCUCAUCGAAAAAUAUUUCAACGUGGUGGAAUUGAUUCAUUUAUUAUGAGUGUUCCAAAAUCAUUAGGAUUAUUAAAUUAUAUUCGUAUUUGGCACGAUAAUUCAGGAGAAGGUUCAUCAGCAUCAUGGUUUUUAAAAUAUAUUAUUGUCAGAGAUUUACAAACAAUGGAAAAAUUUUAUUUUAUUGCUCAACGUUGGUUUUCAGUUGAACAAGGAGAUGGACUUAUUGAACGGAUUUUACCUAUUGCUGGUGAAAUGGAAAAACAAAAUUUUUCUUAUGUAUUAUCAAAAAAAGCUUAUUUUAGUAUAUCCGAUGGUCAUUUAUGGUUUUCCAUUUUCUCUCGACCACCAUCAAAUAAAUUUACACGUGUUCAACGUUGUACUUGUUGUUUUGUUUUAUUAUUUGCUUCAAUGUUACUUAAUAUAAUGUAUUAUGAUUUAUCGGCUGAAGCAAAAUCGACAAAUAAUACAGAAAGUAAUGGUCUAUCGAUUGGUCCUCUUUAUAUUGCACCAGAACAAAUUGGAAUUGGUAUAAUGGUUGAAUUAUUCUCGUUAGUUCCAAGUAUUUUCAUAGUUCAAUUCUUUCGACGUAUUCGACCUCGUCGACAAAUUUCACCAUUACGUCAAGCAUUGGAGAAAAUAAGAUCAUUACCACACACUGAUUCAAAAGAUAAAAAUAAAAUUAAAAAUAAAAAAAGUCAAUUUACAUUUCCUUGGUGGUGUUUAUUUAUUGCUUAUACAUUUUCUUUUAUGAUAAUUGCUGUUUCAAUGUUUUUUAUUAUUGUUAAAGGAAUUAUAUUUGGUGAUUUAAAAACUCAACAAUGGUUAACAUCUGUUUUUACUGGCUUUUUCUCAUCAAUUAUUCUUACUCAACCAAUUAAAAUUUUAGGUUUGGCAGUAUUUUUUACUCUGUUUUGUCGAAAUCCAAACGAUGAUAAAGAAGCAAAAGAAUAUAUAGAUGAGACUAAUUUUGAAUUAGAUGGUGAUGAAGAUUAUCUUCAUUCGAAUGAUUUUUCAUUGAUUUCAAAUUCUUCAAAACGUAUUACUCGUCUAAAUGAAAAUGAAGUAGCUUUUCUUCGUGAACAACGUUUAAAAGAACUUCAAAUGUGGUCAAUUAUUCGAGAAUUUAUAAUUUAUGCCAUAUUUUUAAUAUUAUUGUUUAUAAUAACUUUUUUAAAUCGUACACAAAAUAGUUUUAAUCAAACUGAUCAUUUACAAAAAUAUUUUUUAAAUACAAGACAAACAGAUUGUGAUUAUACACAAAUUUUAACAAUUGAUGAUUAUUGGAAUUGGUUAAAUAAUAGUUUUAUUUCAAAUCUUCGUGCUCAACAAUGGUAUAAUGAUGAUCAACCAGUAAAUUUGAAUGGAUAUAUAAAUGAUAAAACAAAUCGAAUGAUUGGUUGGGCAACAAUGAGACAAUUACGUAGUAAAUCACAAUUAUGUUCUGAUCAACGUAUAAUGCCAACAUGUAUUGAUGAUUAUAGUUUAUUUAAUGAAGAAAAAGAUUCAUUUCAACCAGGAUGGACACUCAAUCAAACAUUAAUAGAAGAAGAAGAUUAUAGUUCAUCGAUCUUAAAAGCAUUUCAAUAUGAAUCAAGUAAAGAAUUAGAUACAUAUGCUUAUGUAGGUGAUUAUGGAACAUAUAGUGGAGAUGGUUAUGUCUAUGAAUUUCGUGGUCGUUUAUCUGAUAUUAAAAGUAAUUUAUCUUUACUUCAUCAAUUACAAUGGAUUGAUUCAAAGACAAGAGCUGUUAUUAUUCAAUUAACUUUAUAUAAUCCAAAUGUUGCAUUAUAUACUUCAGUUACUUUUCUUCUAGAAUUUUUAUCUGCAAGUGGAAUUUCUCCGUCAGCUCGUUUUGAACCACUUAAUUUCUAUGUAUUUACAUCAUUAACACAAUUGAUUUGUACAAUUAUUUAUAUAGGUUUCAUUAUUUAUUUUCUUAUUAUUGAAAUUAAAUUAAUAAUGAAACUGAAUUUGAAAUAUUUUUAUGAAUUUUGGUCAAUAAUUCAAGUUGGUAUAAUAAGUUGUUCAAUAACAAGUAUUAUUAUUUAUAUUUGGCGUUUUAAAGAAUAUAAUCGUUUAAGUUCACUUUUUCAACAAACAAAUGGAUAUGUUUAUGUUAAUUUACAAAUGACAGUUUAUGUUGAUGAUGUUUUAACAUCGCUUCUUGGUUUUUGUUGUUUUUUUGGAACAAUUAAAUUUAUUAAAUUUAUUCGAUUUAAUAAAUCAUUAAUAAUAUUUGUUCAAACACUUAAAUAUGUUACAAAAGACAUUAUUUCAUUUUCAUUUAUGUUUUCAAUUGUAUUUAUGUCUUUUCUUGGAUUAUUUUAUUUAUUAUUUAAUUCAAGUAUUGCAUCAUGUUCAAGUUUAUUAUCAACAGCUCAAAUGUUAUUUGAAAUAACAUUAAUGAGUUUUGAUGCAACUGAUUUUACUGGAGCUGAUCCAUUUCUUGGUCCAUUUUGUUUUUCACUCUUUAUUAUUAUUGUUGUUUUUAUAUGUUUAAGUAUGUUUAUGUCAAUACUUAAUGAUGGUUUUCAUCAUGUUGAAGAAACUCCAAUUGAAGAUCAACACAUUUUAUCAUAUAUGUUAAAGAAAUUUUUAAAUUGGACACAUUUGAGAAGACCAAAUGUCGAAGAAACUUAUGAAAUACGAGACUCACGAAUGCAUUCUCAAUAUAUUGAUCCAAUUGAAAAUUUUCCUGAUAAAAUCGAUCAAUUGUUAGAAGCAAUCGACCGAAUUUAUAUUAAUCAAAGAAAAGAAUUAUUAAAAUUAAAAAGAGCUGGUGUUUAA